AUAUGCCAGUUUGGAAAAUUAUUGUUUUUAAUUCCAAUUAAUUAUUUACUUAAUAAUGCUUCCAAAAUCACAUCUGGCACCAUCUAUCAUUCAUUCACCUUGUGACUAAGAUCUCUCACCCUCUCACCCUCUUCACAAGUACUUGUUAAAAUUCCCAACAAGUCUAUUCUCCUCUCUCAUUUUCCACUUCUCAUCUCUACUAUAUUGCCCUAUUCAACUCUAGCCUCUAUGGCAACCAGAGUCGCGACAUCAAGGUUUUUGAUAUCUCCGUGUAUAUUCAACCGCGAUUAAGAUAUCAGUCACACUUGAUCGCAAUUCUCUACAGUAUCUUUACCUAAUUUUUAAAAAAUUAGGCUGUUUUCGCAACCUGAGUCGCUCCAUCAAUUUUUAUUUUUUAUUUUUUUUUAUUUUUUAUUAUAUAUUGAUUGUAAUUCUCUGCAAUAUCAAAGAUCACGACGAUGCAAGACUCAAUUGGUAUUCCUACAUGCUUUUCACCAGCAGAUAAGCUAACCGAUGAUCAUGGAGGCGGUGUGACACGUUCCGGUCAGAGUGUAUACAUGUCAGUAUACAGAACAAAGGUAGCUGAUCAUUGCCGUUUGAUAACCAUCACAUGGUGCAAAAACUUGUUGCUUCAUGGACUAUCAAUAUCAGUAGAAGGUCCAGAAGGAGAAGCCCAAUAUACCUGCAAAGUUGAACUAAAGCCAUGGUAUUUUUGGAGAAAACAAGGUUCAAAACGGUUUAUAGUUGAUGGAAACAAAGCUGUUGACAUUUUCUGGGACCUUAAAGCUGCUAAAUUCAACGGAGAAACAGAACCAACUUCAGAAUACUAUGUAGCUGUUGUUUGUGAUGAAGAGGUUGUUCUUCUUCUUGGUGAUCUUAAAAAAGAUGCUUAUAGAAGAACAGGUUGUAGACCAGCUCUUAUUGAUCCUAUAUUGGUUUCAAAGAAAGAGCAUAUAUUUGGUAAGAAGAAAUUCUCAACCAGAGCUAAGUUUCAUGAGAAGGGUAAAUGGCAUGAGAUUUCUAUUGAAUGCAAGAAUAGAGGAAAUGGUGGUGGCGAUUCUGUUAUUGUUGGAUCAGUUCAGCCAGAGAUGGAGAUAAGAAUUGAUGGACAUUUGGUGAUUCAUGUGAAGCAUUUGCAAUGGAAGUUUAGAGGUAAUGAAUCAGUUCAUCUUAGUAAAAUGAGAAUUGAAGUUUAUUGGGAUGUUCAUGAUUGGUUAUUUAGUCCUGGUUUGAAACAUGCUUUGUUUAUUUUUAAGCCAAUUUUGUCAUCUACUAUUUCAUCUUCUUCAUCUUCUCCAUUAUCAAUUCAAGCAAGGAAUUGUGAAUCAGUGGAGGGAUUUAGUGUAAGUGGUUCAUCAGAGUUUUGCUUGUUUCUUUAUGCUUGGAAGGUUGAAUGAAAAAAGUCAUUUCAAGGAUCGUAUGCAGUCAGAAGACAUGUGCAUGCAGUCACAUGUAUUUCAAUAGUCUAAUGAAGAUUGAACGGCUUAUAAUAUAAACCGUCCAAUGAUUAAACGACUGAAAUGCAUGUAACUGCAUGUAGUCGCACCGCACCCGAUCCAAACCCGAUUUGAAGUACUCAAUACUCACUAUCAAAGCCGGCAAAAUAAAGUUGGAAAAUGAAAUGGGACACCAAAUGAUGGAGAAAUAAUGGAAUGGUGAGUGAGGAAGCAUUGACUGAUAGCAAGUGGGGCCAAAAUGGGUUUGGGAGUUAGUUACAGCUGGUAUUGAGCAAAUACGCAUAAUUGCACAACAAGAUAGAUAGUAUCACAUGCUUAAUAAUUCUCCAUAUGGAGCUAUCUAUUCUAAGUCCACACCUACACUUUGCACAAAUUGGAAAUGUUCUAUGUUGAUCUAAUCUUGGUAAUUGAGCUAUAAAUGUACUUUAAUUUCUUCAAACCGAGGUAUAGUGUAAAUUAAAUUUUGAAUCAUCACAGAAAUAUAGACAGUAGAUUAGUAUUAUUGUGAUGUGAAUGUCUGUAUUUGCGUGUAAAAUGUUGAUGCAUGUGGCGGAAAAUUGUAUUGCCCGGGAAGAGAGGAAUGGUGUUUGGUGAUGAUGUAGAAAUAAAAAUGCAACAAUACAUGUAUGUGCACCUCAAUGCAUAUUAAUAAUUUCUUUCUACUAGUAGUUGGAUUA